UUGGAGGGGUUAGGGCCCAGGAGGUUCCAUGGAGGAGGCAGAUCCCCACCCCAUGCUGUCUCCAUCCAUCUCCUCCCUCACCCCACUGCAGCUCGAUCCAGUGACAGACAUGGCCAUGGCCCCGUGGGGACCCUGCCCCUUGCUCUUCCUGAUCCUCGUCCUGCUGGCCACCAGCCUGGCCCAGCUCAGGAAAGGCGCCAGCAACCAGCAGUUCAUGAACCAGCACAUCAACUUCCCCAAAUCCAGCACCCCUAAUGACCAGGGCUACUGCGACUGCAUGAUGCAGCGCCAGGGCCUGACCCGCCCCGCCUGCAAAGCCAGCAACAUCUUCAUCCAUGCCCCCUUCAGUUAAGUGCAAAACAUCUGCGGCUGCGGAGGGAAACACGUCCACGGAAACAUCUAUGUCAGUAUCGCACACUUCGACAUCACCGAGUGCCAGCUGACAUCCUCAUUCCUAGGGCGCUGUAGAUACAGAACCACAGUCCUCAGAAGUGGGAUCCGUGUGACCUGUCUCUAGUCACUGCCUCGAACUCCUGUAGAGCCCAGGCGCUGGCCACGGGCCUCCUGCUCCCCCUUUCGCUCCUAGGCAGCCCUCUGUGGCUGGGGGCUCUCCUGCCCCAUCCCUGCCCCUCCUGGGCAACAUCCGCCAUGAGUCUCCACAGGGACAU